AUAUGGAGUUUAUUUGCAAAAGGAUGACUUCAUUUUACUUUGAAUAACAAGAAGAUCAAGAUAAAUUCCUAUUAAUGGUUCUAGUGUAAAAAAAGUGCCAUAGUUUGCUGAAAGAAGCUAGUAAACGUUACAUAAAUUUUAGUGCAGUAAUUGUAGGAGUGUUUACAACAAAAAAAAACCUUUAACUGAGGAUAUCAGCUGAGAGGAGACACUUUUUGGAAAUCUGAUUUGCUUUGUUUAUAUUUCUUUUACCUUAGUCCAAAAAGAAAUUUUUCAAACUGGAGCGAUUACCAGAAUAUCUCCGCGAUACCGUGGAUUGGUUUAUUGGAAAAGCAAGGCGCAAAGAGAAAGAAGGGGCCGAAUCUACUUCAGGGGGGGAUUCGAAACUAUAUUUAGAGGCAACAGUAUUAGAAAGAAAAUUGCCAGAGAUGGAUAUGAGGCUGUUGGUAGACUUGCCACCAGGUCUAGACUAUAACGAAUGGCUUGCAUCUCACACAAUGGCUCUAUUCGACCACGUUAAUUUAGUUUAUGGUACUGUUAGUGAAUUUUGCACACCUUCCGGUUGUCCAGACAUGACAGGUCCAGGUCAGAGGACUUAUCUGUGGUUUGACGAGAAGGGCAAGAAAACGAAAGUGGCAGCCCCUCAGUAUAUAGAUUAUGUGAUGACAUUUAUUCAAAAAACUAUUAGUGAUGAAACUAUUUUUCCUACAAAAUAUGCGAAUGAAUUUCCCUCGUCUUUUGAGUCAAUAGUGAGAAAGAUAGUUAGACUGUUAUUUCACGUGGUGGCGCACUUGUACGCCGCCCACUUCAAGGAGGUCGUGAUGCUGGGUCUCCACGCCCAUCUGAACCUCACCUUCGCCCACCUCACCGCCCUCCACCAUCGAUUCACCCUAAUCGAGCCCAAAGAGACGGAAAUAUUGCGGGACCUGGAGGUGGCGUUGCGACUGACCGAGGACUGCCAGGAGUCGGUGAACAACAACGAUAAGCCCGACGAGAGCUCUGAGGCCGAGCAGACGGAGGCGACCUGUAAGUAGCGAGAUGCACGGUGGCGACAAUAAAUCCUAGUUACUUGGGGGAGCGAGACGGGCAUGGGAGUGCCGUCGAAGACGUGUUUUAUGUGAUGUAAAAUUCGCCCCAUUAAAACAAGUUAAACCACUAUUAGCUACUAGCGCAUGUGAUUAAGACACAAUAGUGACUUUUAUUUUUUUAGUGCUACAUUUUAUUUAUUGUUUUUAACAUUUUUAUUUAUGUUUUCGAAUUUAUUAAUAAAAUUAUUUUGAAUUUGUGGCAAUUUUUGCGAUAAGAGAUUGUGCAGGGCAUAGCGAUCAAUAUGAAAUAGUUUUUUUCCCUAUCUUCAAGAGGAAUAGUGCUGAAAUGUACGUAUUUUGAUUUCAUGUGUGAAUAAAUCGGAUGCUUGUACAAGUAUAAAUGUUGCGGUACGAUUUUUGUCACCAUAUAGUCUGAAAAUUAUAUUUUCAGCGAAUAUUUUAUAAUAUAGUGACAAACAAUGCAUAUAAUUUUAAGUAUCAAUUAUAUUUUUGUUGUAUAUAUUGUGAUAUCUGUUUAUCUCACUUCUGAUUUUGUUCAUACAUAUAGAUCUCGACUAUACACAGUAUAGUUGCUGGUUAGAUCGAAACCCAUAUUUUAACUUAAAAUUUUAGUCAUUUUAGUAGUGUUUCGCAAUUACUACUUAUUUCCCACUUUUAACGUGAAAUUUUGUAUGUAGUUUAAAUAGUCACAAAGAUUUUUGCGUUUGUUUUCAGUCUUAAAAUCUGCACGGCUUUGCUCUUCAUACCUUGUAUACUGUGUAUACAACAUUUUAAAAAUUUUAAAAGAUGCAACAAGCAGUGGUCUUCAAAUUUUUUGACGAGUAGCGGUGGUUAGAAGAUUUUAGAAUCACUAAACUGAUGGUGAUGACAGUCAGAACAAGCCGGAUGAAGGAUUUUUUGAAAUGUAGUAUAUUUUUGGCUUCACGUUUUUAAGUUUACAGAGAAAAUUAGAAUAAUAACGUUGGUUAGGAUUAUCAUUUAUCAAAUUGGCUUAUUGUGACUGUAUAUUCAGUGACUUGACUUUGAGAAAUGAGUACUUAAAAAAGUUCUUAUUCGCUUGUAUUUAAGUAAUUUAACAUUUCUCCUCUAUAGCGAAUGCCUCUAUGACAGAAUAUUCGUUUAGUUUUCAGGUCCUCCAUUUGAUGAAAAUUUUACUACAUUUUAGUGACAUUGAUUUUCUAUAAAGUUUUGAAAUGAAUAAGCAUUUCAAGAUUUUGAAAAAAAAAAAUGAAAAAUUCAGUAUGUCACCAUGAAUUGCUGAAACUGCAAAAUCUAGUUCUUUGAUAGGACACUUCUUAUAUUGCAUGCUGUAAUAUGAUGGUAUUUGGAGAUAAAAUACAAUCUUCCAUAUUUACAAGAAAAACAACCUUACAUCUAAUCAUCAAAUUUAUUUUAUUUUAAAUUGUCUGAUGUUUAGAUUCAGAAUUUGUAUUUUUUUUAAGUUAGGCGAAAACUUUUAAGUAGCUUUCUAAAAAAUGCAAUUUUGUGGUGUGCUAGUUGAUAAAUGUGAAAUAACCCUUUCAAGUUUCUGUAGAAAUAGUAUUUUAAAAUUUAAUUUUUGGCCGUCCAAAUCGAAACCUAACAAAACCUUUGUGUAUACACAAAGAAUAAAAAAUUAGUCCACAUCUUACCUUCGAGGAAAACUGCCUUCCGCCCUGUGAAUGCGAACAAAAGUUAUCCUGUUUUUUUGCAUUGUGAUCUUGAAGAGAGGCAUUUCGUUUAUUUUUUCUGUACAGUGUUAUUGUUCUUGAUACGCUAUUAUUGUAUAUAUUGUAAAAUGAAUUUUAGUUUGUUAUUUUUUAGAUCCUGUAAGCGCUAUUAGAAUAUAGCAUUUGUUGAGAAAUUAUAAAUAAUAAAUCACCAAAUGUUA